AUGGCGCUAGCUGGUCCGGUCAGCGGCGGUCGGCUAUCAGGUCUGGUCCUUGGAAGAAGUGUGGCCACAAUCUCCACGGCUAUCCAAGCAUGGUCUUCACAGAGUCUACUAUCGGCGUCCAUCCCACUCCCUGCCAUUACGGUCAUCAUCCCGGGUCUUGUAUCAGACAUCUGGGAGGGUAUUCUGAAAGCAGUACCAAAGAAGAAAACCUCGCACAGCAAGAAGAGGCACAGACAGUUAGCUGGCAAGGCACUUAAAGAUGUGAAAGCCGUCAAUCAAUGUCCGGGUUGUGGCAAACCGAAGAGAGCUCAUACACUGUGUCCAUACUGUGUCGCAGCACAUGCCGCCGAUAUCUUCGCGCUUGCCGUAACCACGACCCAGAUCCUCACCGGCUCCGGCGAAUCGUCCAUUAAGGUCCACUCCACCACCGAGGACGAUUUCCCCAUCGUGCAGGUGCUCAAUGAUGCGCAUAAACUCGGCUGCCAUCAUAUUGUAACGGACCGCGAGACGGGGAGAAAUGCAGUGAGUGUGGGGUUUGGCGGCGAAGUCAAAGUAUGGAAGUACGAUGAAGGUGCAUGGAAAGAUGCUGGAGAAAUCAAAGUCGGACCGAGAAAGAAGGCUGGGGAGAUAUGGGCAGUAUGCCUGUCCUUCGAUGGGAAGUUUCUUGCUGGCACGACGCAUGACGGGCGGGUGAACGUUUGGGAUCUGAACGACACUGGAAGUCGGGAGAAGAUCAGGGAGUUUGAGACCAAAGGCUCCUUUGGCAUGUCCAUCGAUAUGUCCCCCGAUGGCCGAUUCAUAGCCAGCGGUCACGAAUCCGGCAACAUCUAUCUAUUCUCCACCGCCACAUCCCGGCUUCUCCAUUCGCUUCCUGGUUUGAUCAAAGCUGUCCGGGCCGUCAAGUUCUCCCCAGGCUCGAAGCUACUCGCAGCAGCCGGAGAUGCAAGAAUUAUCUCACUCUACGACCCCAACUCAGGCGAACAAGUCGCGAAUCUCACCGGCCAUGCGGCCUGGAUCACGAGUCUCGACUGGAGCCACACUGGCCAGUACAUCCUCAGUGGCAGUCUGGAUGGUAAGGUGAAAGUAUGGGAUAUCGAGCGAAGAGUCUGCGUGGCCACGCACGGCGAGAGCGAUAAAGGUCUGUGGGCUGUGAUGUGGCUUCCAAAGGGAGAGACCAGCGUGGGGAGAGCUAAGGCGGAAAAGUUCGUGACUGUUGGAAGCAACAAAGCGAUUUUAAUUUAUCGUGAGGCUACAGGAGGAUGA